UCAACGCACGCGCACUGCACCGUCACUUCCUGUUGUUUUUUAUGUUCACUUCCGGCGGUGGCUCGUUGGACUGAUUUGAGUCCGCUUUGUCGGCAUUCAUUAUAUGGCAGGCAGAAGAGCAUUCUAACAACCUGCAGAUGGAAUCAGAAGCUAAAGAAGGAGAUGAAGAGAGCCUGCAAACAGCUUUCAAAAAGUUGAGAGUGGAUCCAACUGGAUCUUCUGUUAGUGAAGGAACAGGAUUGCGAACUCCAGGCAGAGCAACUGUGGAUGGAGGCUGGCAUCAAAUUGUCUGUUCAAGAGAGAUUUGGCACCGAAGUGCACGGAAAUCCUUGAAAGGGACAACAAGACCACAACGACGCAGGCGUUCCAAAUCUCCUGUUCUUCACCCCCCAAAGUUUACAUACUGCAGCAUGAAAGCAUCUUCUGUAAAUAACCAACUGAAACACAAAAGUCAGAUUGAUGCUCCAAAGAAUAAAAUCAGUCCAGAUCCUAGAGUUUCAGAAGAGCUGUACCUAAAUGGAAAGAGGUGCCCACUUUUAGACAACAGCAACUGCAGAAAAAGCAGAGCAGGACAUCAGAAAACAUGUACUGGUGAGCAGCCUUCCAAGAAUUUAGGAAGAAAAUGCCAUACUUUUUCUUUGACCUUUGAAACCAGCCUGGAUCCUAGCCAGCCUUCAGAUUUCCAGUCUCUCUCCAAGAUGAGUUAUGAGAAGCAGUGCCCAUACAUGGACAAAGAAUGGCAAGCAAUAGAAACAUACUCCUUUUCCGGUUUGCGGAGCGUCUUAUCAGAGUGUGAAAAGGCAGUCCUGGAAGUGCGUUCACAAUCUUUACCAAAUCGAUCACCUUCUAGUACAGGUUCGUCUGGCUCUGUUCGGUCUUGUUCGGAGCAAGCUCGAGUCUUUGUGGAUGAUGUGACUAUUGAAGAUCUUUCUGGGUAUAUGGAAUAUUACUUAUAUAUUCCCAAGAAAAUGUCUCACAUGGCGGAGAUGAUGUACACUUGAGAUGAGAAUCAUGGGUUUAAAAUUCAGUGGUGGUAGUGAAUAUUUCCUCAGUGCUGUAGAUGGAAAUGUGUCCAUUGUCAAUGCUGCGUGUUUGAUCAAAUGUUUAUUUGCACCAUAUAAUGUAGUUUUUUAAAUAAAGUUUAAAAAGGCGAUAUAUGUUUAAAGGUGCGUUGGAUUAAAUCGGAUGGUUUAAGAAUGUACCUGGAUAAAAAUUUUGUUCUCUUGAUACAGUCUAAAUUUUAGUUUCCUAAAAACUUCAAACAAGGUUUGUCUUUUAAUAAGAGUUUUCCUAAAAUGCAGCAAAUUCUGUAGAUUUCAAACUAAAUUUACCAAAUUAGGUAAAACAAUCAGAUCUACUGAUAAAUUUGCAGUAAAUUUGCAAGGAUUUUCUUUCUUUUUGUAUUUUUUUUCCAAAAAAAAAAAGAGUUUUCUCACUCUAAAGUGAAGAAUGCUUUGGCUGAACAGGAGUGGAUGUUUUUGUGAGAGAACUUUGAGCUCAUAUCAGUUCUGAUAGUGAAAAGAAAUUUCUAAUUCAGGUGGUUAUGCAGAUAACUUACACUCUGCUAGUAUAAGAUUGGUUAACUUGUUAUGCUAAGCCAAAAUCCUUGGGUUUUUUUACGAGCAUGUCUUUUGUAACCAUCUCUAAACGGUUGGAUUUCUUAUGACGAUAACAAAAAUAGAUCCAACAAGCCUAAAAGGUACUCAGUCCUGCCCUAGUUUGAUAUUUCAGAUGA